UGUAUGUUAGUAAUCCAUUACGUAUUCAACAUCUAUCUCAAAUAUUGACUGGCAUAUAAUAGUAGUGAUGGAACACUGAAUCAAGGCAAGUGACGUGCGCAGUUUUAACCCAGGUUUCCGUGAAGGCGAUAAAAAUUAUAGCAAUCCCGAUUACCGUAGUGUGUAUCUCUGAGUUUCCUUUAGUAGACGAUUGAAAUUCGGAUGACGAAGUGGUCGAAGCUUCAAGGCAAUACUGUUUCAGUUUCGUCAUCAUUAUUCCAUUGCUUACGUUGAAACAGAAAUAUUGUUCCAAUCCAGUUUUGGCGACCUUGACCGUCUAAUACGUAUCCAUAAUGGCCCAGAAUAAACCGAUUUUCGAUUAUCACGAUGAAAGCCAGUCGGAGAAGUUAGCGAGAAAAACAAAAGAAUCGCCGUUUAUGGUAAUUGGAUUGGCGGGAUUAGCGUCCGCAGUGGGGUACGGGCUGUACUCCUACAAGAACCGCGGCAGCAUGAGCACGAGUGUCUUCCUAAUGCAAUUUCGUGUAAUAUCACAAGGCUUAGUAGUCGGAGCAUUGACCGCUGGCAUGGGUUACUCUCUGUACAACAACUAUAUUAAUAAACCCAAACCUGUUGAUGUCGAACAUUGAACACCGCAAAAAUUAUACUUUCUUCAGUACAACCUAUAAUACUCCUAGUGCUGGGCCCUGAUUUUCUAUGUCAUUGUAAUUUAAUGAUAACUUAAACAGUAAAGGAUAAUCUUCAUUCAAUUUGAAAAAAGCUUCGAAAUUAACUACUAUUUUUAAGAUAUCGAAAAAGCGCUAUCUAGUGACAGUAUGUUUUCCUACUAUUGUAAAUAGAUGGCGCUCGUUUCAUACCAUAUAAAUCGCGAUCGAAUAAGUAAACGUAAGUAGAAAAUCUCACACUUGGCACUGUUCUUUGUUAAUGCGAGCGCAAUGCUUAGGGUGCCACGUCGGGUCGUCUGUAUUUGUAGGUUUAAGUUAUAUUUGAGACUUGUUUUGACAGACUUUUUGACGUUUGCAUUGCACUAGUUCAAACAGUAGGUAGGUACGUUCUAUUUUUACACGCUUUAUAUGAGCUUCACCUGUAUGUAUGUAUGUAACUGACCCCUUUGAACUCGAUUUUGUCCUACUUUGAACGAUCAGAUUUCGUUCAAACUUUCUAGACAUACCGAGGACCCACUAAUUUGAGAUUAUUUCCUACAUAAAAACGGUCUCAUUAUUCGGACGCUUAUUAUAUAACGUUAUAAACUCGACGCGCAUUUCAAGUACUGGCCACAAAUAACCACAGACCGUGAUAAGUGGAAGAACAAAUGGGCCUUUGCCCAACAAUGAAAAAAAAACUGCAAAUAUAUAAUAAUAAAUAACACCAUGUUAAAGCUUCAUACAAGUACCUUACCUACGGCUAGUUUCAAGUCAGCCUUUAUUUUUUGGCGAUGUAUUGGGGACCUACCACUAUGUACCCGACUGUAAUUUUUGAAAAGUCAUUUUUUAAAGUUAUAUAUUAUAUUUGAAUAUGUGGUUCAAUUACUAGUCGUCGCUAAAUGUAUUUGGCACGCUUAUAUACUUAAGUAUUUUAAUGCAAUGUCAUAAAGCAUCAGGGCUCUGCAAAUCUUCGCUCCGCUUUAAGAAAAGCACCCUCGGGGUUAAUUUUUAUGAGUGUUACUAAAAAAUACGGAAUUUAUUAAAAACUGUGAUAUGAUUUUAAAUGAGAAAUUCACUUUCAGUUUUGCAGCAAAAUUUUAAAAUUUAAAAGAGAGCCAUGAUACUAUAUACUAUUACUAUAGUUUAGUUAUUUAUUAUAUUGAAACACACUGAUAAUAACUUAUUAUCAGAAAGUAUCUACUAUUUAAGCCAGUAUUCACAUUUUAAGUAUUUU